GAGAGAGAGACAGAGAGGGUGAGUGAGUAGUGAGAGGGAGGGAGGGAGUCUGUACGAGAGGGACGGAGAACGAGAGAGGAUAUAUUGAUACAAAACGACCGUGGUUUCUCUUCAGUGUGUGUGAGAGAGACCAUGAGUGAAGACAAGAUGGAGUGCUGGAACAGAUGAAGACUGUCAUUGGGUGAGUGAGUCUCUUUCCAGUGGUCCUGAUGAGCGUUUCCAAACCACCUCCGCCCCAUUCCCAUUUCCCCCCCAGCAACCCGUCCUCCCAUCUCCCCCUGCCUCCGUCCUCCUCUACCUCCCCCUCUCCCUCCACCCCUCCCUCCGCUGCGGGUCCCCCCAGCCCCGCCGUGCCUCCUCCUCCCUCCCCAGUCAAGAUCUCCAUGCAGGAGCAUUUUGCCAUCAACGUGUGCCCCGGCCCCAUCCUCCCCAUCCCGCAGAUCUCCGACUUUUUCCCUCGUUUCCACGACUUCCCCAUCACCCCCCCUCCACCCCGGGAGAAACAGGUUCUAAAGGACAAAGACAAGGACCGAGACGGGAACGGAGAGAAAGACCGCAAGAGGGAAAGAGAGCAAGAGGAGAACGGAGAGUUUGCCGACUCGGAUGACGAUGACACCUACCUGGGAACUCUGGAGUUCAGCCUGCUGUUUGACCAAGAAAAUAACUGCUUGCACUGCACCAUCCACAAGGCCAAGGGACUAAAGGCCAUGGACUCCAAUGGACUGGCGGAUCCAUAUGUGAAACUCCACCUCCUGCCUGGAGCAAGCAAGGCAAAUAAAUUGCGCACUAAGACUUUAAAGAACACGCUGAAUCCAGUGUGGAACGAAACACUCAUCUAUCACGGCAUCACGGCUGCCGACAUGACCACCAAAACCCUCAGGCUGUGUGUGUGUGAUAUGGAUCGUUUAGGACGGAAUGAGUUCAUAGGCGAAGUCAGGGUGGCCCUCAAGAAACUGAAGGAGGGAGAGAGCAAGAAAUACAACAUGGGUCUCGAGAGAAUUGCGCAGACCCGGGAGGGUAACAGCCAGGCAGUGGAUUCUGGGGCUCCUGUUGCAGAAGAAGAGCGUGGCCGUAUCCUGGUCUCCCUGAUGUACGUCACAGAAAAGAGUUCUCUGGUUGUGGGAAUUAUUCGCUGUGCCCACCUGGCCGCCAUGGAUUCGAAUGGCUACUCAGACCCCUUUGUCAAAAUUGUUUUGCAGCCUGACAUGGGGAAAAAGUCCAAAUACAAAACCACAGUGAAGAAGAAGACUCUAAACCCAGAGUUUAACGAGGAGUUUACCUAUGAAGUCCCGCAUGAUCAGCUGGCCAAGAAAACCCUGGAGAUCUCAGUCUGGGACUAUGACCUGGGCAUGAGCAAUGACUUCAUAGGUGGCGUUGAAUUGGGAAUUAACGCAAAAGGAGAGAGACUGAAGCACUGGUUUGAAUGUCUGAAAUACAAAGGAAAGAAAGUGGAGUACUGGCACACACUGACACAGCAAGGAGCCCCUAGCAGUGACUAACACAGUCAAGCACACGUUAAUUCUCAAAAACUAAUACAAAAAUAAUGGAGUAAUAAUGAUAAAGAAAUGCAAUAAUGCUCAGUCUGAGAAUGCUGAUGAUGAUGACGUUCAAUAUUAACGCGUGAGAAAAAGCAUAAUAAUCUAUUGUACAGCUAAGUGUCACAUUCUUUUGUGAUGAGAAAGAAGCAAGUGCGAUCACAAGCCCGGAUUGUGACGCACAAACAAUCGACCCCUUUUUUCUGGUCUACACAUCACUUAUGUGAAACCGUAAUAAUGUGUUGUGACUAUGCCACAGGAGCUCAUGCCAUAUUAUAGUGUUAUUGUUUAUUACAUGUUAAACGUGUAAUAGCAUCCUGGUGUUUGUUACAGUUGGUGGUGCCGUAAUUUUGCACACUGUCAAAGCACAACACAUCCAGCUGACUGUAAGUGUCUAUGUGUACCUAUGUAUUUGUCUUUCGUGAUUUGUUACGUAUGAAAGUUUACAGUCUCUUCCAGCCCGACAAAAACACGACGCACAGGAAAAGCACAAGGGGCGGCGCGUGAAGGAAUUCUAAAGCAAUGAAAGAAACUGUCUACGGACUUAAACGCUCACUCAAGAACUGCCGCCUGUCACUUCGAGCAGAACCAAACGACAGUCACCUCAACGCGAAUGUGUGUGAAUGUCCCUGUCUGUUUUGUCUUUGUACGUGUCUCUGUUGAAUGUUUGUACAGUCUCCUACAAAAAGAAAAGAGAAAAAAAAAAACAACAAGCUCUGAUGCACGUCGACAGACUUUUUCGCUUUCUCUCCGGUGCCCUCUACUGGUUUAGAGGUCUAAC